AUGACAUCUCGGCGUCGAAGCCUACGAACAAACAUUAUAGUUUAUUUUGUAUUGUACUUAACUUUUGUAUGUAAAAACAGUGGAAUUAGAUAUACUAUUUUAUUAAUUUAAUGAAAAAAUCACAGAUAAAGUUGAUGGUUAUGCCCAAAUGCAAUAAUUAAACAGCUCAAAUUUUAUGUAAACAAACCGUAUUACUACAAAAUACAACUCGUCUUCGUGAAAUUGUGACUCAUUCACGUAACUUUGGGUAUCCGUUAAUAAUUAUGUGUCAAGGAGAAUGAUGACUCCAUCGGUACUUAGCAUCCGUACUCAGUUAUCUCACUCGACCAGCGUGAGAUCGUGAGUUGUGUGGUGUGGUGUGGUGCCUCUAAACUGAGCCGUACAUUUUUAUCAUUUGUAUGAAUUAUAUGCAUAAACAUGACAUAUCCAAACCAGCCACCGCCACCUCAAUUCUUGGGCUCCUCCAACACCGUGUUUAUUACGGAAACACGCUUUGAUCCAUCGUACCUAAAAACACCACCUGGCAUCAUCAAAUCUAUUAUUAUUCUAUUUAACUUGAUUGCGUUCAUCUGCAUCCAAGCAUCAGCGUUCUGGUCAAACGGCCGCGGUGUGUUCUUCAACACUGUGGCUGCCGUCGGCUUCAUCUUCUCCGGAGCGCUGCUCGCGCUGUAUGUGUUCCAUGUCGUGGAGAAGUACCACAACCUGAAGUGGCUGAAGAUCGAGCUGGUCGGCAAUGUGGUGCUGGUCUUCUUGUUCUUGAUUGCAUCUACGAUUGUGGUUGCAUUCGGAUCGGCGGCUUAUUCAGCAGCUGGGUUCUUCGGCUACCUAAGCAUGGUGCUGUACGGGCUGGAGGCCUUCCUGAAGGUGCGCGCGCUGCAGGCUGGUGACCUGGCGCAGGGCAGCCGCGUGGGCGCCGCCGCGCCACACGUGUUAACGCCGCCCGCGCUGCCCUAGGCCUCCAGCUAAGUCCGUCAACAAUUUCAUCGAUUAAAAUAAAGAAACCUACCUUGUUCUGCAUAAAAAAAUCGACCUAACCUCGGCAAACUGCCUCGGUCAGAGUUGCUCACCACUCACGCGUCUAGUGUCAAAAUUUUACUAUAUGGUGGUGUGCACCGCGCUUUUCCGUGGCGAUGUAGGUAUACUUGUGCUCGAAGAGGAUCAAUCCCUGUGUAUAAGUAACUAAGGCUCAAUUUAUAGCAAUAUGUAUAUCCCGUAGGGAUAUUCCGUUGACGAACUUCAUUCACUUCAGGUUUACUGCAACAUCUGAACAUUAUUUGAAAUCCAACGGGUCUUAGAUUGCUGGUAUGGUCACAUUUAACUAAUUUCGCUCUAAGACGAUUUCGUUUUUAAACGGUUUUAUUUAGCUUCUUUCAAGUCAGCAUUAAAAUGUAGACAAAAAAGUAAAUUCUGUGGAAUUAAAAGGGAGAUUGCAAAACAAAGCUGUGCAGCAUGUGCCAGAAGUUUUGGAAAGGUUCAGAGGCUAUAAUCAAGUGGUGCUCAAUCUGUAGAGUGGCUUCAAACGUACGUGUUCGACUGAAUAAUGUAGUUAGGUGAGGCAGAGUUUUUCGAAGUAUUUUAUUGUAAAGGACCUUUAUUAAAGGUCUAACAAGCGAUUAUAGACCGAAUUGAAUAUCAAACAAAAUAGUAAUUUCUGACAAAACUAUGCUGAAAAAUCGACGCAGCAUAAAUAAUGCAUUUGUUGUUUAAUAAUGUAUAUGUUCAGUUAGAAAGGCACCCAAAUCGUAUUUUGCUAAAACAUUGAUUUUCAUAAUUAAUCAACUUACACCUAUCAAUUGUUUUAGAAAUCGACUUGAUAUUACAUAUUUUAUUACAAUUUUAUAUACAUACCUACUAACGACCACGUUUAUUCAAAGACUAGUUAUAAGGAUUUAUUUAUUAAUUUUCCUGUUUUGUUUAAGUGAUAUUUAAGUAUUUUGAAUUAAUCAAAGUUUUAUGUAAUAAGGAAAAUUUUAAUAAAUAAUGUUUACUCACAGUGUAUUCACUGAUAUUACCUUGCUUGGGCAAGGUAUUGAUCAAGAGUUUCAAAAGUCCUUCAAUAAGAAACUAGCAAAAUAUUAUUUUCACUGUUUUGAAUUUAGUUCCGAAAAAAUCCGUUGCCCGUAAAUUCUCAUGGCGCUGCAUGAUAUUAAAUGGGUAUCUUUAUUUUGUUUUUCAAUAUUUAUCAUGCGACCCACCUGUUUUGUGCUCACGCAUGUGUAAUUAUGUUUGUAUGUUCUAAGCGCUUCUAUUACUGUACCUCAGUUUGUACUUAUACUACAUAAUGUAAGUCUUAAAUGUUUGUGAUAUAAGUUAAGGUCAUUUUGAAUAAUAUUGGUUCGAAAUGGAAUUAAUAUUAUACUUGCGCGAUUAGUUACGUGUGGAGAGCCUCCUCCACCUCCCAAUGACGUAUUGCUCUCGCUGAUUAUUUAACCGACUUCAAAAAAAGGAGGACGUUCGAUUUAUAGUCAGUGACGUCACUGUCCUAGUCUCAACGCGUUACUUUUGAAGAAUCCAUCACACCUCUAAUAAUGUUCUUUGCUGUAACUUCGUCCCUUGUGAAAUAUGCAACAAUUGCUCAUAAUUCGUGUCAAACGUAGACAACGUAGUGUCGCAACAUUAAAAUUGAACAAUGGGACUUGACGAAACACAGUUGAAAAUAUAAUUUUAGGAAUUUAGUACCUAUUCCAUUUUGGUUCCAUUUUAUUUUUUCGUAAAAAUACUUACAUCAUGUACCUAGACCUAAUCAGAACUAUUUUUGUAACAAUAAACUUGUAAUUAAUUAACAGCCCGUUCAACCAUUACUUCUCGGUCUAAUUGAGCGAUGUCAAACGUGUAAUAAGUGUGCACGAUAAUACACUCUCUGACAAAGGGACCUUAUUAGUUGUUACAAAUCCAUACAAUAUGACCUACAAUAGGAAAAUCCCCCUGCCCGAACCGAAAGAGGGUGAUCCUGAUGGUCAAUACAACUUUUUGUAUGAACCCAACCUAACCAAAAUGGAAUAUGAUAGUUGUAAAAAUGUACAUGUUGUAUGACAUCACACAUGAGACUGAACAUUUUUUUGUUAAAAAUGGCGCCUAUUAACAGGUAGGCAUACAUUUUUUUUUGCAAAAUUACCCCUAUUAAAAGUAGGCUUACAAGUUUGAACGUUUAGUUUCGAAGUGAUGUCAUUUGUAUUGUAACUAACUUCUAGGAAAAACUGAUCUCGUAUUCUUUAUAUCUAAUAGUUUAUAUGUAUUUUACUAGAUAAUUGUUAUCUUUUUUGUGGUAUAUAACUAUCAGUGUCAAAAUAAUACUUAGCUGUAUUUUAAAUCACAAUAAUUAAGCACUCGAAUUUAAGAUUCUAUGUUUACAAUAUUUUAUUCGAAGUUACACUUCUUGACCAAUUUUAAAUACCAUUUCGCACUGUGUUAAUUAAUUCUGUUCAAUAUUUGUAAUUGUUAUUCUUAAUUAUAAUAUUUACAUAAAAUACUUUUACAUUUGUAUAUUACUAUCCUAAACCAAUUUGGAUUUAUAUUGGCAUCUUUAUAUGUACU